AGACGAAUCAACCAGCCACAGUGGGAAUUACACAACCAUGGAGAGAACAAUCGACCAAGAACUCCGUAUGCGACAAGCUACGAUUGAUGACUUGGACGGCAUUACAAAACUUGCUAUUGAAGCAUUUCCUGAUGAUCCAGAACGAGAUUACCGAUUCCCAUAUCGACAUGAAUACCCUGAAGAUCAGUGGAAGUGGACCAGAGUCGAGUAUGAGGGAUUUUUGAAACAGCCUGAAAGCUAUGACAUUCUUGUCAUCGAGGCUGGGCAAAAGCUUGUCGCCCUGGGAAUCUGGGAUGUUUCUGGUCUCACUGGUGUCAAACCAACUAAUAACCCAGUCAAACCCGAUGUUUUGGGCGACAACGAGCGUCGUGAUGCGAAUCUCCCUCAUAUGCGAUAUUUCGCGUCGCGCGUAGAAGAAGUUUAUGACAUGCAUUUCAGUCAAUUCGGUAGCAGACAGCUUCACCUUGUUAAUCUUGCGACGCAUCGAGAUUAUCGAAGAAGAGGUUGCGGGGCUGUUCUUUGUAAGUAUGGAAUGGAAAAGGCAGAGCGUGAGGGAUUCGUUGCUACGGUAUUCGGGAGUCCAAUGGGAAUUAAGCUGUAUACGUCUGUUGGGUUCAAAGUUAUUGGAGCUGAGCCCAUGAUUAUGCCUGGUGAUGAGGAGGGAUUAACAACGACGGCAUUAGUUUGGGAUAAUUAGUAAUUGAGUUGAGGCUCAUCGGGCGUCAAGAUUUCUGCAG